AUGUCUGGGGUGUUUGCAUUGGUCCAUCUGGAGGCCAUUUCAAGUCCUUACCAGGACGAACCGAAGCCCCCGUGCCAACUGUGGCCGCAGAGGAUGGGUGGGGGUGCUGCCAUUGGUGGGACGGUGGUUGGAGCUGGUCUAAGCCGGGGGAAGUGCGCCACUAUUUCAGGAUCAGUAAGCAACAGAAGUAUGAAACGCCGUUUUGGUUCUUCGUCGCUGCCGAACGCGAGCAGAGACGACAGGAGCGGGCUCUCCGCAGGCACGCUUUUUCAAAUGGAGCCUGAGCCCUGCUGCAACGUCCAGGAUGGCGGGACUGACCUUCAGGAGCAAUCACUGGGGGGCGCUCCGCACUCUUCACUCCACAGACCCAAAAGGGAGAGGAAGCAACGGACCUACACGUUGUGUGAGGUCUGCAACAUCCAGCUGAACUCAGCCGCUCAGGCCCAGAUCCACUACAAUGGCAAAUCCCACCAGAAGAGACUCAAGCAGAUCAGCAACGGCAAAAUGCCCAGCAGCACAGCCCACUAUGUGAUGGCGGCGCCGACUCUGAGAAAAGGUCGACAGACAAACCAAGCCAACACGCGGCGCUCAGUGGAGCACGAAGCAUGA